GCAUUUCCCAGCGCCCCAGUCAUGAAAAGCCUCAGAAGAGGAUGCAGGGAGGAAUGCGUGAUCAUGUCGUCAGUGAUGCACCUGCGAGGCGCUCUGUCGCAUCAUCUCACCGGCGCUGCUUCAGAAUGAACGAGAGCGCACGGAGAGCGCACGGAACGCGCACUUAAACAGAAUGAACCCUGAACUUACGAGGACCACGUCCGCUCUCCUCGCGGAGGAUCUGUUGUUUUAAGUUUGAGAAUGAUUCGUUGAGCUCUGCACUCACAUAAAUGACCGUUCAGCGCGCGCGUCUCUCUCAUUUUAUUUACAGAUGACCGUGGCGGCAGCAAUGGCAGGGUCAAAUAUGGUAUUUUCCGAAGUUGAAAGUUUUCUAGACGAGCACCCGGAACUAUUAGAGGACUAUCUGAACAGAAAAGGCAAGGCAAGAAUGGUGGAAAAGUGGCUGAAGAACCAUCACGCGAAUAAAACUCCGGCGAACUCCAGCGCGGAGGCGGAGAAAGCGGCGAACGCGUGCGGCAAAGACAGCUGGGCGAGCAGAAGCGACGGGCUGCAGAGACGAGCGUCGCAGAAAGAGCUGCGGAAAACCUUCGCCAGGUCUAAAGCCAUCAACGCCAACAGGACUUACGACGAGCACGUGAACUCCAGAGCCCAGGAGCCGCUGACCAGCAUGAGGAGGCGCGCGCUGCUGCGUAAAGCCAGCUCUCUGCCGCCAACCACCGCGCACAUCCUCUCCUCGCUGCUGGAGUCCCGGGUCAACAUCCCUCAGUACCCCUCCACCGCCGUGGACUACAAAUUCUACCUGAAAGAGCACAACGAGAGGGAGUUCUUCCUGGAGCUCGUCAAAGACAUCUCCAACGACCUGGAUUUGACCAGUCUGAGCUACAAGAUCCUGGUGUUUGUGUGCAUCAUGGUGGAUGCUGACCGCUGCUCCCUGUUCCUGGUGGAGGGACCGGCCAAUAAAAAGACUCUGGUGUCCAAGUUCUUUGACGUUCACGCUGGAACCACAGUGUUGCCCUCUCUCAGUAACUCAGAUGAGGUGCAGGUGCCCUGGGGAAAGGGCAUCAUUGGAUAUGUGGCAGAACAUGGGGAAACUGUCAACAUUCCCGAUGCAUAUCAGGACCAUCGUUUCAGUGAUGAGAUUGAUAAACUCACCGGAUAUAAGACCAAGUCUCUGCUGUGCAUGCCUAUCCACAACAGUGAUGGAGAGGUCAUCGGGGUCGCACAGGCCAUCAACAAGAGUCCCGGUGGAGCACUUUUCACUGAAGACGAUGAAAAGGUGUUGGAGAUGUACCUGCCAUUCUGUGGUAUUGCCAUCUCAAACGCCCAGCUCUUCGCUGCCUCCAGGAAAGAGUACGACAGGAGCAGGGCUCUUUUGGAGGUUGUGAAUGAUUUGUUCGAAGAGCAGACCGAUUUGGAGAAGAUCGUGAGGAAGAUCAUGCACCGAGCUCAGACCCUGCUGAAGUGUGAACGCUGCUCCGUCCAGCUUCUGGAGGACAUCGAAUCUCCAGUGGUGAAGUUCACCAAGUCCUUUGAGCUUCUGUCACCCAAGUGCAGUGCCGACAUGGAGAACAGUUUCAAGGACAGCAUGGAAAAAUCAUCCUAUUCUGACUGGCUGAUUAAUAACAGCAUUGCAGAGCUGGUCGCCUCCACUGGGCUUCCUGUGAAUAUCAGCGAUGCCUACCAAGACCCACGCUUCGACGCUGAAGCAGAUCAGUUCUCUGGCUUCCAUAUUAGAUCUGUCCUGUGUGUCCCUAUCUGGAACAGUAACCACCAAAUCAUAGGUGUGGCUCAGGUCUUGAACAGGUUAGAUGGAAAACCAUUUGAUGAUGCAGAUCAGAGGCUGUUUGAGGCAUUUGUGAUAUUCUGUGGACUGGGAAUCAAUAACACCAUUAUGUAUGACCAAGUGAAGAAGUCCUGGGCCAAACAGUCUGUUGCUUUGGAUGUGCUGUCAUAUCACGCCACUUGCUCAAAGACUGAGGUGGAUAAGUUUAAGGCAGCAAACAUCCCUCUGGUGUGUGAACUGGGCAUUGAUAAACUAUCGUUUGAUGACUUCUCUCUGGAUGUGGAUGCCAUGGUCACUGCAGCUCUGCGGAUGUUUAUGGAGCUGGGAAUGGUGCAGAAAUUCAAAAUAGACUAUGAGACACUUUGUCGGUGGCUGUUGACCGUGAGGAAGAACUAUCGCAUGGUUCUGUAUCAUAACUGGAGACAUGCAUUUAAUGUUUGCCAGUGCAUGUUUUCCAUGCUGACGACGGCUGGCUUCCAGGAGACUCUGACUGAGAUGGAGAUUCUGGCUCUGAUAGUGGGCUGCGUCUGCCAUGAUCUGGACCACAGAGGAACCAACAACGCUUUCCAGGCCAAGACGGGAUCAGCUCUCUCUCUUCUUUACGGGACAUCCGCCACACUAGAGCACCAUCACUUCAACCAUGCUGUUAUGAUCCUGCAGAGCGAGGGACACAAUAUUUUCUCUAAUCUGUCUUCCCAUGAAUAUGGAGAACUCAUGCAGCUCCUGAAACAAUCCAUACUGGCCACAGACCUAACACUCUACUUCCAGAACAGAAACUCCUUCUUUGAGCUGGUGAGUAAAGGCGAAUACAACUGGAACGUGAAGGAACACAGAGACAUGUGCAGGUCGAUGUUGAUGACAGCGUGUGAUCUGGGUGCUGUCACGAAACCCUGGGAGAUAUCACGCAAGGUUGCAGAGCUGGUGACUAGUGAGUUUUUCGAGCAGGGAGACAGAGAGCGAUCAGAACUGAAACUGACUCCCUCGGCGAUAUUUGACCGAAACCGCAAAGAUGAGCUGCCAGGUCUACAGCUGGAGUGGAUUGAUGGAAUCUGUGCGCCGCUGUACGAGACAUUUGCCAAAUUAAACCCCAAACUACAGCCAAUGAUAGACUUGAUCAAGGCCAAUCGCACCAAAUGGGAAGAGCUACACCACAGACACCAGCGCAGCCAGGAAACCAGCAGUCCACGUAACGCAGACGCCACGACAACCAGCUGCAGCGACCCCUUCUUUUCCCUGAUGUGUUUAUACCAGGAUCAGGGGUGUGUGGAGCCGUGGGGCUCUUGGCAAUGCUUGCAAUGCAAAUCCACUCCAGCGCUGUACUCUGUGCCUUGGUGAAACCCCAUGAUAAUGCAUGCAGCCCGUCCUCGACAUCACUCUACUCUCUGGUUCAUACUGCAUACAUCAAGGAUGUUCCCUCAUGUCUCGGGCCUGUUUCACAUCUAAGCAAUGUGUUUUUAUUCAUUCAUUCACACUUGUGUUGUUCAUGACACAAACAAAGUUAUUCUGAAGAUUUGUACUGGGGUGCGAUUCCCAAAAUCAUAGCCAACUAUUGUUGCAAGUUCUGUCAUUACCAACAUAGUGCAACAGUUUGGUGUUUCCCAAAUCCAUUCGCAAAAAAAAGUUAUCACUCCACUACCUGCUCGAUGUCAUUAACCAACAUGGUACAAAUGAUGAAUGUGCCUACUAGGCCGGUUCUACUGUUUUUUGUGAAACAGUUGUGAAUAAUUAGUUUGUCCUACAAUGCUCUCUGUGGUAGUUAAGCAGUGAGUUAUAUUAAACACACCACAGGUCUAAUGCUACUAGCUUCAGAAGGACUCUAAAAGACUUGUGCGAAGCCAUACAGUAGCUUUCUUUAGGAAACAAACUGAAUGACUGAAUCUAUGUAGUUUACUGCAAUAGUUUUUAGGCUACAUGUAGAUUUCAUUACUUAUUAAUUACUUUUUGAUUAAUAAGUAAUUAUA